AUGUCAAUACACACUCCUUACGACGAAAUUAAUUUCAUGAACUACUCAUCAUCAGCUCAACGUGCGAUUCUGGAUGGAAUACAAGAUGAAAUACAAAAGGCUGGAGAUGAAAUGUCUGAAAUGAUGGCAGCCCACUCACCAAAUACGAAUUUAGAACCACAUUUGCUAUUGAAAGCUAUUCAAGCGCUAUUUGAUGCUUGUGUUAAUUAUGGUCAGGUUAUGUCAAUCAUGUGUAGUUAUAAUGCUAUUAAUAAUAUACCCACUUGUGGUAAUCCAGAUUUAUUAAAUGGUAUACUUCGUGAACGCUGGAAUUUUACGGGAUUUGUAGUAAAGCUAUUGACUGACGAUGGUAAUGUUACAAUGGAUACAUUAAAUAACGCUGUUAGAAGACUACUUAAAACAAAGAUUGAAUUAGGUAUGUUUGAUCCACCAAAUAUGGUCGAGUUUAAUAGUUAUGAUUUUAAUGAUAUUGAAAAUGAGGCGCACUUGAAAUUAGCUAGACAAGUUGCUCAACAAUCAAUCUGUUUAUAUAAAAAUACGAAUAAUAAUUUACAAAAAGCCCCGUUGCCUAUUCAAAAUUCGGCAAUUAACAAAAUUGGUUUAUUCGGUAUACAAUCAGUACAGACAGAUUUAUUAUUAGGCAAUUAUGCCCGUUCCCCAGACCAGCCAGGUAUUACAACAAUAUUACAGGGUAUAUAUGAUCAGAUUGAUCAAAACACAACAGCCAAUUGUACAUUUGAACAAGAUAUUGGUUAUUUUGUUCCUGGACAAGCACCUAUUGCUGUUUAUAAUCCUGGACAAUGUUGUGCAUUAUGUUCAACUGUUCAAACAUAUCAAUCAAUGGAAUCUGAAGGUCGUGAUAGAAGUACGAUUGAUUUACCUGUAGGACAAUACGAAUUAGUUCGUUUAUUAAAAAGUGUUAUUGGACCUAAUAAAUCAUUGAUAGGUAUACUUAUCCGUGGCGGUAGCAUUGCUUUACACAAUUUAAUGGAUGAUUGUGAUGGUUUAAUUGAUGGUUGGUAUCCUGGUCAAUUAGGAGGUGCAGCUCUGGCUGAUGUAAUCUUUGGAUCAUAUAAUCCUGCUGGACGAACACCUGUUACAUACUACCAUUCAGAUGAACAAUUGCCUCCGAUGCAUGUGAUGGAUUUAUAUCCAAAUUCAACUAUCAGCAGUUUAGGUAUUACAUACAGAUAUUUCACAGGCAAACCACAGAUACCAUUUGGUUUUGGUUUAAGUUAUACAACAUUUUCGUAUGCUAAUUUGCAAGUGAAAUCUUCUAAUGUUAAGGCAUGUGACUUGAUUACUGGCAGUGUAGACGUUACUAAUACUGGUGCAAUAGAUGGUGAUGAAGUUAUACAAAUUUAUAUUAAAUACCAGGCUAGUGUGCCUAGUCCAAAUGUUAGAUUGGUCUCAUUCCAGCGUAUUCUUGUACAAGCAGGUCAUACUGUUACAAUGGAAUUUACAAUAACUCCUGACUAUCAUGCUGUUAUUUAUGAUUCUGACUCUGUCUAUAAACCAACUCGAAUGGUUGAAGAAGGUACAUUAAAUAUUUAUGCUGGUGGUGGUCAACCUGAUUACUAUUCUGGUCAUUUACAACAACAAGUACAAAUUACUAAUGCACAAAACAUUGAUACUUGUUAA